AUGGCGGCGGCGUCUUGGGCGCGGCGGAGAUGAGCGCCCGCGGCCCCAGGCCCAGGGCGGCGUGGCCGGAGUGGGCGGGGGUCCCGAUGCAGGCCCGAGGGGGGCCAUGGGGCAGGUCCUGCCGGUCUUCGCCCACUGCAAAGAAGCUCCGUCUACAGCUUCCUCUACCCCUGACUCCACAGAAGGAGGGAACGACGACUCGGAAUUUCGGGAGCUGCACACAGCCCGGGAGUUCUCGGAGGACGACGAAGAAGAAACCACGUCGCAGGACUGGGGCACCCCCCGGGAGCUGACCUUCUCCUACAUCGCCUUCGACGGCGUGGUGGGCUCCGGGGCGCGCCGGGAUUCAGCUGCCCGCCGCCCCCGGCCCCAGGGCCGCUCAGUCUCGGAGCCGCGAGACCCGCCCCCUCAGCCUGGCCUGGGCGACAGCUUGGAGAGCAUUCCCAGCCUGAGCCAAUCGCCAGAGCCCGGGCGCCGUGGUGACCCCGACACUGCCCCGCCGCCCGAGCGUCCCCUGGAGGACCUGGGGCUUCAGCUGGACCAGCUGGGCUGGGCGGCCCGGGACGCGGGGUCCGGGGAGGACUCUGCCACGAGUAGCUCCACCCCGCUGGAAGACGAGGAGCCCGACGGAUCGGAGGCUGGAGAGGCUGGGAAAGAACUGGACCUACAACUCGAACUCGCUCAGUCUCCGCCGCACGAAGUCUUGACUCCACAGCCCAGCCCCGGAUCUGGGACCCCCCAGGCCAGUACCCCGUCCCCACCCGGAUCCCGGGAUUCGAACUGCUGGCCUGACGAGCCGCCUCUGGACCAGAAGGAGGAAGAGCCGUGGAGGCAGCUGGAGCGGGAGCCAAUCACGGGGCAGUGCCUCGAUAGCACAGACCAAUCAGAAUUCACAUUGGAACCACACCUUCUAGGUAAACUGCUGGCGGACCUGCUGUACUGGAAGGACACGAGGACGUCGGGAGCGGUCUUCACGUGCCUCAUGGUCUCCCUGCUCUGCCUCCUGCACUUUAGCAUCGUGUCCGUGGUCGCCCAUGUGGCCCUGUUGCUGCUCUGUGGCACCAUCUCUCUCAGGGUUUACCGAAAGCUGCUGCAGGCCGUGCACCGGGGGGGCGGCACCAACCCCUUCCAGGCCUAUCUGGAUGUUGACCUGACCCUGACUCAGGAGCAGAAGGAACGUUUGUCCCAGCAGAUCGCCUCCCAAGUGGUCUCUGCAGCCACCCAGCUUCGGCAUUUCUUCCUGGUAGAAGACCUUGUGGACUCCUUCAAGCUGGCCCUUCUCUUCUACAUCCUGACCUUCGUGGGUGCCGUCUUCAAUGGUUUGACUCUUCUCAUUCUGGGAGUGAUUGGUUUAUUCACUGUCCCCCUGCUGUAUCGGCAGCACCAGGCCCAGAUUGACCAGUAUGUGGGAUUGGUGACGAAUCAGUUGAGCCACAUCAAAGCUAAGAUCCGAGCUAAGAUCCCAGGGACCGGAGCCCUUGCCUCAGCAGCAGCCGCAGUCUCCGGAUCCAAAGCCAAAGCCGAAUGAAGGGGGCACCUCUGCCCGCGGGACGCCUGCCCCCACCCACUGCAGCCCUCUGCCCCACUCAAUCUCCCUUCCAUCCCCACCCUCUCCCUGCCUCGGCCGGAGCCAUUUCCCGGUGGGUGUCAGGAUUACUCACACCAGGGAGUUUCCGCAAAUUGCCUGAGCGGCCAGGACUACAUUUCCCAAGAGGCUCUGCUUUAGGAAUCCAGGAAAGGCGAGGCACCUUGGCCGCGGGGCCUGCUGGGACUUGUAGUUGCCUAGAUAGGGCACCCGCCCUGCACUUCCGAGAUCCGCCGCUGGAGGCGCCGUGAGGGGUUGGUGUCUCCUGGACGCCACUAGCCCCAACGCCGGGGCAUUGCAUGGGGCCCAGGGGAGGCCUGAGCUUGGAUUUACACUGUAAUAAAGACUCCUGUGGAAAACCCAAGGCCUCCUGUGCUUCCAGCCCCCUCCAGCUUCCACCUGCCUGCACUGAAAAACACCUAAGUGAUCCUCAAGGAGGAACCUUCCCAUCUCGGCUGAAGAAACCCCCUCUACCAUCUGAGACACCGCCCAUCCCAGAGCCAGACAAGCCUUGGCAGCCACUGUCCAUGCCUGUGCUCAAGGCAGACAUCACUAAUCAAUCCCCACACUCUGCCUGCUCUGCAGCCAUGUCACCCAUGUGUCCAACUGCCUUCUGGACGACUCCCCCCCCACAAAUAUAUCCAAACCUCUUCCUUGUCCUGCCUGAUUUCCAACUCAGGGAUGUCCUCUCUGCCCACGUUGUCACCAGACCAGAGACCUAGGUACAGCCCUGCCUCCUACUCCCUCAGACCCCACAUCUAAUCAGUUAUGAAGCCAUGUCUAGUCUAUCUUCCAAACGUCUCUCAUCCACCCACUUCUCUCCUUUCCAAUCGCCUUGGGACCAAGUACAGGGCCUGGUGGCCUCUCCAGGCCUCAAGUUCCAAAACUGUAAACUGAGGGAGGAGGAGACAGGAGACUGGAGUCUCAAGGACCAUGGACCUGGAUUUGAAUCCCAGCUUUACUACCUCCUGGCUGUGUAACUUUGAGCAAGUGACCUCACCUCUCGAAGCCUCUGUUUCCUCAAAAGGAAAAAUGUCCCCAUAACCGUACCUACAUGUAAAGCUCUUGUCCCAGAGCCAGGCAUAUAAAAAAUGUCCGGUAAACAGAAGCUGCUAUUGUUAGCUAAACAUUGUUUCCCAAACCUCAGUCAUUCCCUCCCCACCUUCAUGAUCUUUAUAUCACCUGUUC